CUUCUAGUCUUCCAGAUACCCAAAGUUCUACUGAGCUUUAACCCCUCUGCGACUCCACCGAUCCAAACUUCAAUCUUUUACCGCCAUGGCCGAGACCGACUCCGCUACCGCCGCCACUACGUCGCCGCCAGUUGACACUCCCUCCGCCGACUCUGCCACCACUGCUCCUCCCCCGCCCGCCAAGCCCGAGAUUAAACGCUGGGCCGACGAGGAGGAUGAUCCGCCGGAGGAGCCUGAGAAAUCCGAAGCUCCGUCUACUUCAGAGACGCCGGAGCUCGAAGUCGCCGCACUGAAGAUCACCGAGAACAAGUUCCUCGACGAUCCGGAAGACUCCAAUAUCAAAGCCGUGACGGAGGGCGAUACGCCGUACACGUCGGCGAGUAGUUUCGAAGACCUGAACCUAUCGGAGGCGGUGCUCAAGGGUUUGUAUGUAGAGAUGGGCUUUAAGAAACCAAGUAAAAUCCAGGCCAUCACUUUGCCUAUGAUUUUGACUCCGCCGCACAAAGAUCUGGUUGCUCAGGCCCACAAUGGCUCCGGCAAGACGACCUGUUUCGUGCUUGGGAUGCUCAGCCGUGUUGAUCCCAGCUUGAAAGCUCCCCAGGCUCUCUGCAUUUGUCCCACUAGAGAGUUGGCUAUUCAGAAUAUGGAGGUUCUUAAUAAAAUGGGGAAAUACACUGGGAUAACUGCAGAGUGUGCUGUCCCUUCCGAUAGGGACAGGAAUGCACCUUCGCCUAAUUUCCGUGCCCCGGUAUCGUCUCAAAUUGUGAUUGGAACUCCUGGUACUAUCAAGAGAUGGAUGUCGGUGAAGAAGCUGGGCGUGAGCCGCGUGAAGAUCCUUGUUUUCGAUGAGGCUGAUCACAUGCUGGACGAGGAUGGCUUCCAAGAUGAUUCUUUAAGGAUAAAGAGGGACACAGAGAAAGUUAGCCCCAACUGCCAGGUUCUUCUGUUUUCAGCAACAUUUAAUGAUAGAGUCACAAAUUUUGUCUCAAGGGUUGUGAAACGUGGUAGCAAUCAACUUUUUGUCAAGAAAGAAGAGCUAUCUUUGGAGGGUGUUAAGCAGUACAAGGUGUACUGUCCUGAUGAACUGAGCAAGAUUGAGGUUAUCAAAACCAAAAUUUUUGACCUGGGAGAAAAAUUAGGACAGAGGAUUAUAUUUGUUCGGACAAAAAAUAGUGCAAGAAUGUUGUAUCAAGAACUUUCCAAAGAUGGUUAUGCGGUUACUGCUAUUCAAGGUGCACUCAACGUCGAGGAAAGAGACAAAAUUAUCAAAGAGUUUAAAGAGGGUUUAACCCAAGUUCUCAUUUCAACUGAUGUACUUGCCAGAGGCUUUGACCAACAACAGGUUAAUUGUGUUGUCAAUUAUGAUCUUCCGGUCAAAUAUACACCUGGUCCCCGGUCGCAACCUUUAGAACCUGAUUAUGAGGUGUACCUGCAUAGAAUUGGCAGGGCAGGGCGUUUUGGCCGCAAGGGAGCUAUAUUUAACUUGAUUUGCGAUGAUAAUGAUGAGUUGGUCAUGUCAAAAGUUGAGCAGUAUUUUGGCAUCCAAGUACCAGAGGUUCAGAAUACAGAUGAGGCUUUUGAAGAGGCUCUUAAAACGGCUGGCCUACUGUAAAUUUUGUAAUGUCCUAUGCAGUUCUCAGUGCAGUUUUGGGGCAAAUAGAGUAGCUGGCCACACCAACGCAGGAGUAUCUUGAAUCUUGCAAAGAUUUUGCUUUGUCUAGUUUCUGUAAAUGUGGCCCUUGCAUAACAAAAUAGGGCAAAGUUUUCUAAGUUAUCCAUUGUUGCUUUAUUGUGCUAUAUGGAUUAUAGUACAACCCGUCUGCCUCAAUUUGUUUCUGCUUCUGUUGAUUUCUAAUUUACUACGAUUGACGUGUCCUACCAUAUGAAUUAAGAUAUGUUCUGUUUCUGCUUCUGUUGAA